CUACAGCGAUACAUUCAGAAGUUGGAUGAUUCACAAAGAGAUUAUGAUGAUUAAUGGACAACAUCUGUGAAGAAAAAGCACCGAUAUCCUGACUUAUCGUCUUCAUUCAAACUCCACACUUUCAGUUUGUAAUGCAGGCUCUCUGUUCUGAAAUCAUCCAUGUUAUUUUUCUCAGAUCUGACAAAUUUCGACCAACAACAACCACUAAACUGACCUUCACAGGCGGGUUACUGUGGCACCAGGGUUUUGUUACACCGGCAGAGACAGAGAGACGGGGUCCAGUUCAGUUCUGUUGUUUACUGAGGCUGGAUCCAGCACAGGACUGUGGAUGGGCUGUACGGUCUGGCCUGCCCUGAUGCCGUUACCGUAGCAACAUGACCCUCAACACCCAGAGAGAGAAGGAGCCCCUGCGGCGGCGAGACAGCACGCCGAUCCCUCCAGCCCACUUCUACAAGCACCCGUCCUGGACUCGGGACCUUCAGGACCCUCGGCUCCCCGGCAUCAACCGGCCGGACCCCGAGCAGCCGAGGCCCCAGCGUAGCCACCUCCCUCUGGGACAGUCGGCGUCCUACCACCCCGGAGACAAGUCCCUCCACUACCGCGCCCAGUGGAGCUCGGACUCGGACGACGACUCGCAGAGCGACUCGGACUGUGUUUACAGAGUGGUGUUGCUAGGCGACCACGCCGUCGGAAAGACGAGCCUCGCUGGCAUCUUUGCCGGAAUCACAGAAAAAGAUGAACAACCUGGAGAGGACACAUACGAACGAACACUGACAGUAGAUGGAGAGGAAUCCACACUCGUCGUCAUGGAUACCUGGGAGAACGACAAACUGGAGGAGGAGGACAACUCCUCUCAGGACCACUGUCUGAAGGUCGGGAGCGCCUACGUCAUCGUCUACUCCGUCACCGACCGCGCCAGCUUCGACGCCGCCUCUGAGCUCCGUAUCACGCUGCGACGCACCCGUCAGGCCGAGAACCUUCCCAUCAUACUCGUGGGCAACAAGAGUGACCUGGUGCGGUCCAGAGAGGUCGCUGUGGAAGAGGGCCGAGCGUGUGCGGUGGUGUUUGACUGUAAGUUCAUCGAGACGUCUGCGUCUUUACAGCACAACGUGACGGAGCUGUUCGAGGGCGUGAUCCGACAGAUCCGCCUCCGUCGAGACGACGGCGAGGCCGACCAGCGACGAGGCUCAUCGUUCAAGCGCAAGGAGAGCCUUACCCAGAAGGCUCGGCGCUUCCUGGACCGACUGGUGGCGCGAAACAACCAGCGCAUGGCGGUCAAAGUGCGCUCCAAGAGCUGCCACGACCUGGCCGUCCUCUGAAGACGCACGUCCACCAGGAGCGUCGGGUUGGACCUUCUGAGACUCGCUGAAGUUUUCUCUGGUUGUGAUUUUUCGUGGACUAUGGCGUCUGCAGGUUAUCUCACGUUUCGAGAGUCGACAACAAAAAUGACAGAAAAAAAAAAUGGAGACAGCAGACAGUUUUGUACGUUGCUGUGAACGACUCUGAACGACAUUUCCUGUUUGUGCUGAAAAUAUUUGUGACUUUUCCUCCAGAUGACGUAAAGAACCAGACUGUGAAGAAUCAUCACUGAUGGGUUAGAGGUUGAAUGACUGUGUGUGUGUGUGUGUGUGUGUGUGUGUGUGUGUGUGUGUGUGUGUGUGUGUGUGUGUGUGUGUGUGUGUGUGUGUGUGUGUGUGUGUGUGUGUGUGUGUGUGUGUGUGUGAACAGGUGAUGUCCUGUAGUUUCCACUGUGUCCACUGUGCUGUUCUCCUGAGGUUUCUACUGUUUUCAC